AUGGCAGACAACCCUACUUCAGCUGCGCCAAGUAAACCCGAGGGUAGUAACGAGGCUCAUGGGAACAAACGUGCUCGUUCGCCAGGCUCAGAUGGGAGAAACCACAGUGACAAAAGAGGGCGGGGUGACCGAGGGCGGGGUGACCGCGGGCGCGGCGAUCGUGGGAGAGGCAGAGGGGACCGGGGUCGUAGUAGGGGGAGGGGAAGGGGUGGGGAUUUUGGGGCAAAUAAGGCGGGAGGUCGCUUCAAGAAAGGGGAGAUGGGCCGCGGGGAGUGGAAUCGUACUGACCUAGGCAGGAGGAAGCGUGACGAUGAGAAUCAAGAUGGCAAGCGCCAGAGAACCGGAGAAGCAGGCGACUAUGCCUCCACUCAGUUUUCGAAAGAGGAAAUCGAGGCAGAUGGUCGAAAACCUAAGAGAAAGGUCGCAGUGCUGAUUGGAUAUGCUGGAUCAGGAUACAAGGGCAUGCAGAUCAACACUCAAGAGAAGACAAUUGAAGGAGAUAUCUUCAAGGCAUUUGUGGCGGCCGGCGCAAUAUCCAAGGCCAACGCAGAUGACCCAAAGAAGUCCUCUCUAGUUCGCUGUGCUCGUACGGACAAAGGUGUACAUGCUGCGGGCAAUGUCAUUUCCCUUAAGCUUAUUGUGGAAGAUCCAGAAAUUGUUCAGAAAAUUAACGACAAUCUACCUCCUCAGAUCAGAAUAUGGGGCAUGGAAAGAACAAAUGCGUCCUUCAGUUGUUACCAGACUUGCGAUUCAAGAUGGUAUGAAUACCUGAUUCCCACCUUUGCUUUUGUUCCACCGCAUCCAAAAAGCUAUAUGGGCAAGAAGCUGGUUGAACAUGCCGAGAAAGAGGGUGUGCUUGAGGAAUGGAAGGCUCGACAAGCGGAUGUUGCUGAUUUCUGGGAGAAGGCGGAUGAAGAGUUCAUCAAGCCUAUACUGGAUGAGCUUGACCCAGAAUUGCGGGAAGCUGUUAUGGCUGAAGUCCAUGCAACUGAGGAUCUACCAGAGGGAACAAAGAAGAAAUCAAAGGCUGCUAAAUCCAAGGAAGCUGCCGCCUCCGCAAAGGAACAGGGCGAAACGACCAAAGCCGAGCCAGAAAGCCAUCCAGAUGCAAUUCAAGAGGACCCAAAGCCCCAAGAUGAGUCAAAACUAGCAGAGAAUGGCACGUCCGGAGAAGCGAGAUCUAGCCCAACAAACGAACAGAAGGUAGAGACGGAUCUAGGAAAAGAAGAGGCUACGGUUCCUAUUAUGGGAGAGGAGACCUCAUUCGCAUCCGCUCAAGAUGGAAACGCUACUACUUCCGAACCUGAAGCCUUAGACACUACCACCUCUGAACCCGCCCCCUCAAAGUCCAUCCUCACUCCCCACGAAGCGGCCGUAAAACGCAUAAAAGCAGCCUACAUCCAAGCCAAAAAAGCCUACCGCAUCUCCGCGCCCCGCAAAGCCCGCGUCCAAGAAGCCCUCUCCACCUACAUCGGCACGCGCAACUUCCACAACUACACCAUCCAAAAGCUCUUCUCGGACCCGUCCGCAAAACGCGUCAUCCGCUCCUUCACCGUCGGCGCCGAUCCCGUCUACAUCAACUCCACCGAAUGGCUCUCCCUCAAAGUGCACGGCCAGAGUUUCAUGAUGCACCAGAUCCGCAAGAUGGUCGCCAUGGUUGCCCUCGUCGUGCGCUGUGGAACUGAUCUCAGUGUCAUGACGGACAGCUUUGGACACGCGCCCAUUAGUAUCCCGAAAGCUCCCGGACUGGGCUUGUUGUUGGAGAGACCGGUGUUUGAUAGUUAUAAUGAGCAGGCGGUUAGUAAGUUCGAGCGCGAGAAGAUCGAUUUCGAUAAGUGGAAGGCGGAGAUGGAGGAGUUUAAGCAGAGGGAGAUUUAUGACCGCAUUUUUAGGGAGGAGGAGAGGGAUCAUCAAUUCCACGCUUUCUUCCACCACAUCGAUUGCUUCCGAUCCGACUUCUUCCUCUGGGUCACGGCUGGUGGCCUUGCAGCUGCUAAGCAGAGCAAGGUGAGGAACGAGUUUCUGGACUUGGACGAGGGGGCUAGUGAUAAUGAGGUUGAUGCUGAUGGACGGGAGGGUUGA